AUGGCUGGACCUUCUCCUUCAGGGUUUUUUGGUACCUGUUCUGUUCUUCAUUUUGCAGUCAGCUCCUCUGAUGUGGAUGUUGUUCAGGAGGAUAAUGUAAAAAUAGUUCGAGCUGGAGAGGAUGUGAAGCUCACUUGCACCUUUUCAAGUCUUCUGCAAACGACAACAGCAUGGUUUAAACAGACAGCUGAUGGAAAAUCCUUACAAAUUGUGUCUUUCUAUAUAAAGCAACAACCCAGCUGGAACAAGGACUUUGAGAAAGCAAAUCGUUUUAUUGUUAUUAAAGGAGAUGAUCAUUUUAAUCUGACCAUUUUAAAGACAAAGUCUUCAGACUCAGCAACGUAUUUCUGUGUAGUCUCAUCACAUUACAGCACUGGAAUGGGUGCAGGAACCAGAUUACUUGUCAAAGAUGCAGCUGUGAACAGACACCUAACUCUUCAGCAGUCUUUGAUAGACAUGCUUCAUCCCGGGGAUUCUGUGAGUUUGCAUUGCAGCAUCUUCACUGAGAGCUGUGCAGGAGAACACAGUGUCUACUGGUUCAGGCAAAGCUUGGGAGAAUCUCAAGGAAUACUUUACACAAAGCGAGAGAGAAAUGGUCAGUGUGAGAACAGCACUGAGUCUCAAACACAGAGCUGUGUCUACAAUCUCUUCAAGAGCAACAUCAGUCACUCUGAUGCUGGGAUUUACUACUGUGCUGUGGCCGCGUGUGGAGAGAUACUGUUUGGAAAAGGAACUGAACUUAAUUUUAGAGAGAGUGUUGAUGUAACCCCAACUCUUCUUGCUCUUGGAUUUUCAAACAUCAUAUUUUUUGCCCUUGUUGUUUUUCUGGGAAUAAAACUAUACAGGGUUCAGAAUAAAGUGCCUACAUCUCAAGAGAGUCAAAAUGAAGACAAUCUGAAUUAUGCAGCCAUUAGUUUUGGUCAGAAACCUCUGAACACUAGAAGAGCCAAAGCAAAGAUCAGUCAGGACCAGUCUCUGUACGCACAUGUCAGAUCACACCAGUGACAUCCACUGAGGAACAUCUUCUACAAUGCAGAAAUGUUUCCAUCAUUAUCUUAUUAUAACAUACUUAAAUCAUCAAUUUAAUUUGUCAGAAUAAUUUCAGUAAUUUCUAUUCCAUUUUAGUUUAGUUUACUUUGAUUUUCUUUACCUGAAAUUAAAUUCAAAGUCAAGUUUGGUAAUGUAAAGUGCAAUGAAUUUAUCACUGCUGAGUCUGACACCACUGUGAUUUUUGUUUGAAUUUGGCAGCAAUUACAAGUGAAUCUAUAAUGCUAACAUGGAUUCAAAGUUGAAUCUAUAAUGCUAACAUGGAUCGUGUCUAGGAUUUUCCAUGAAAUUAAUGUUAAAAAGGCAUGCUCUGAAAGUUUUUUUAGUUCAAAUAACAGUAGUUAACAGUGUCAUCAAAAUAUGGAUUGCAAAACAAUCGCUAUAGGUGACAUAUUUAAAUGUCUUUAAAUGUUUAAAUACUGUGCUAUUUAGGCUUAGUACUGUAUCUUGUUAGAUAUAUGAGUUUGUUUGGCUUAGUAAUGAUAUGAAUAAUUGUGGGAAAGAAAGGUAGUGUGUGUUUGUGUGCCCAUGUUUUUGUGGAUCCAUGCAUGUAGGCCUAUGUUGGACUGUUCUUUUCUUGGCAGCUUUGGAACUUCAUGUUAUGAUAUGUUCCAUUUUACAGUCUCCUUAUGAAUCUUGCAUGUGUGUGCUUCAUUUGUAUCUUCUACAUGAUAAUAAAUAUAUAUGUGCAUGCAGCAUGUCGUGUGCAUAUCCUAUGUUCAUGUGCAUUGUUAUAUUGUGUUUGCUAUUCACAAGAAUUCACA